AUGACUCAGACAAGCCCUACGGACAAGACCCAAGGGGUCAUAGAUGUUGAAGCAUUGAAGAAAGAAAUUCGUGAGCAAAUUUUAUCCGAACUGAAGGAACAAAAACAAGAACAAAAGCCAGAGAGACCAAAGAGAAAACUUAGUGAAAAACAACUUGCUGCAUUAGCUGCUGGAAGACAAAAGAACCCACGUUUGCUGGCGAAGAAAGCUAGAGAAGAAGCUGAAGCAACGAAAGAGUAA